CAUCCGGUUUCCUCUAGCUCCAGUCCAACUUCCGCGCAUCUACGAGGGCCGGGACUGCCGCUACCUUUCUGGAAGGCGCCGGCCGACCAGUCCCCGGCUGGAUCCCGCCAGAGGCGGCUCCGCGUCUCCAGCAGCGGACCCGGGCGCCCCGCCCUCGCCAGUGCCCGCCCCCGCCCGCCCCCGGCCCGCCCUCCCUAUCUGGCCCCUGGGCAGCUGCCCCGGGAGGCGGCCAGCGAGCUGGGGCCGCGCAAUGUCGCACGGAGCAGGGCUCGUCCGCACCACGUGCAGCAGCGGCAGCGCGCUCGGACCCGGGGCCGGCGCGGCCCAGCCCAGCGCGAGCCCCUUGGAGGGGCUGCUGGACCCUAGCUACCCCCGCACCCACGCGGCCCUGCUGAAAGUGGCGCAGAUGGUUACCCUGCUGAUUGCCUUCAUCUGCGUGCGGAGCUCCCUGUGGACCGACUACAGCGCCUACAGCUACUUUGAAGUGGUCACCAUUUGCGACUUGAUAAUGAUCCUCGCCUUUUACCUGGUCCACCUCUUCCGCUUCUACCGCGUGCUCACCUGUAUCAGCUGGCCCCUAUCGGAACUUCUGCACUAUUUAAUUGGUACCCUGCUCCUCCUCAUCGCCUCCAUUGUGGCAGCUUCCAAGAGUUACAACCAGAGCGGACUGGUAGCCGGAGCGCUGCCAGUGUUGUUCACAAGCAAGGAAAAUGGCUGCAGGCUUCAAAGCCCAGAGAUUCCAGAAGCUACUGCCUCUCCCUCGACCAUUUGAUGAGCCUCCCACAGGCGCUCUUCCUCUCCCAGCACCCGAAUCUCAUCUACAAGUGAGGGGGCUGGGGUAGGUCAGCCUUCCUCACACUUGAGCGCCGGCUGACCCUGAGAAAGGGAAAGGGUGCUGCCUUGACUUAGUUUAGUCUAAUAUUGUUUAAUAUGUACAAACGUAAACCUAGACGUAAAGGCCUCGGCUUCUGGCUCUUAUACGGCUAUAAAUCCAGAAUGGGGCCGGGCGCGGUGGCUCAAGCCUGUAAUCCCAGCACUAUUGGGAGGCCGAGGCGGGCGGAUCACGAGGUCAGGAGAUCGAGACCAUCCUGGCUAACAUGAUGAAACCCCGUCUCUACUAAAAAUACAAAAAAAUUAGCCGGGCGCGUUGGCGGGCGCCUGUAGUCCCAGCUACUCGGGAGGCUGAGGCAGGAGAAUGGCGUGAACCCGGGAGGCAGAGCUUGCAGUGAGCCGAGAUCGCGCCACUGCACUCCAGCCUGGGGGACAGAGAAAGACUCUGUCUCGAAAAAAAAAAAGCCAGAAUGGAACAGAAAGUCAUUACAAAUGAAAUGCAAACAACGCCACUACACCACAAAUCAUGGGAACGUUCAGAUUUUUUUAACCGAAAUUAAAAUUUCAUCCUUUUCUUCUCCAUUG